AUGUAUCCAACUGUGACACUACCCAAUAAAUUGCACACAGUGGACACCACAUUUUCGCCCUUUGAAACCUGGUUCAUAGCUGUUGAUAAAUAUGAGGGCUCAAUCCAGAUUUUAGGCGAAAAGGCAGAUCAAGAACAUGCAGAAACAAUGCUUCACAUAUCUAAAUGCUACGCCAUCACAGACUAUACAUGCUCAGAGCCAGAUCAGCAUCAAAAAGUACUACAAAACACACUACAUCUCAACGUCGGUCCAGCAUCAUCAAUCGAGGAAAUAGCAGAUUCAGAAGCACUUCCAACAACAUGGUUUCGAUUUGUUUCAAGACAACACCUGAAUGAGAUUGUUAACAAAAACAAUGAACUACCAGAUUUUGUCAGUAUAUUCAUAAAGCUCAGAGAUUGUAAAAAACGAGACGGUGAAGCAUAUAUCAACUUAUUUGUUAGAGAUGAAAACAGGGACGAAAUCAUGGUAACCUUAUGGAAAGAAUGCAUCGAUUCACCUGCCAAAUUCGAUCGCAGGAAGAUCACCACCUCUGUUGCUCCUGUCAUCAUUGCCAUCACUAACGUAAAAGUAACAACAUACCCAGGAGUUCUGAAACUAAACUCAACCAGUGCAACACAUGUAUAUGUGAACCCACCUGUGAAAGAAAAAGUCAACCUCACUGAAAGGUUCUAA